AUGGAGAAUACCUGGGCGACUCUUCUCUGUGUCCCGACCAAAGUAUUGACGAUGCCUUCUUCUGUUCCUGUCGACUCGUCAGCCUUGGUCUCUCGACACAAAGGACCUCCACCUCGCAAGGGUGGCAAAGGUUGUCCUUGGUGUGAUCACUGCCACCGACUGGGACACACGAUUGAUAAGUGUUGGCGUCUACAUGGCUGUCCUCCUCGUACUGCCCAGGUCGUUCAGAGUUCUGUUGCUUCUUCAGCUUCCACUCCACAAUCAACACCGGAUUCGACUCCAACACCUUCAUAUACUGACUUUCUGAAAUGGUUUGAGGAUCGUCAGGCUUCGGGCUCCACUACUACCAUUGCACACGCUGGUACUUCCUUUGCUGGCAUAUCUCGUUCUUCGGGUCCUUGGGUUCUUAAUUCUGGGGCCGUCAAUCAUAUCACUGGUAAUAAAUCCUUAUUUUCCUCCCUCACUACUUCUGGUAAUUUGCCAAUGGUCACCAUGGACCGGAGUACGGGGAGGAUGAUUGUCUUUGGAUGUGAAUCUCAUGGCCUAUAUCAGCUUCAACAACCCUCUUUUGUCGGUUCGGUGGCGGCAUCUCCACUACUUAUUCAUGCUCAGUUGAGACAUCCAGAAUGGGAAUUGGAGUUCAGUCCUGGAAAGCUAUAUGUGAAUUUAAUUCUUGCAUGUUUCAACUUGUUCCAGUUAAAAUCUAGCUCAGGCAAACAAGCGGAGAAAAAAUGCAGUACAGCCGAGAGGCAUAUUAGUUUAAGUCUUCUUCAGCGGUACUUUUCUGGAAGUCUCAAGGAUGCUGCAAAGAGUAUUGGUGUUUGUCCUACGACACUUAAAAGGAUAUGCAGACGGCAUGGAAUUUUAAGAUGGCCAUCUCGCAAGAUAAAAAAGGUCAACCAUUCAUUGCAAAAAAUCCAAAAUGUAAUAAAUUCUGUACAAGGAGUGGAGGGAGCAAUAAAAUUUGAUCCUUCUACUGGGUGCCUUGUUGCAUCAGUCUCCUCUGCAGAAAAACCAGCAUCCUUAACCCUAGAGUCAACAGGUAAAGAUCAUGUGUCAGCCUCUUCUUUUCACCAUAUCGAGAAUGAGCAUGCUGUUGACAAAAUGAAGCCAGAUAGAUCUUCUCUUGUCGGACACCAGGGAGAUAGUACAGUCCAGUUAAAAUGUGAUACAGAUGAAAUUGUCCAUUUUUCAAAUGACUCUAGCAGAGGCUUGGAUUGGACUUGUGCCGAUGCUGGUCUGGUGCCAAAUGCUAGAAUUCACACCUCAGUUGACUGGUUGUCAUAUCCUAGAGAUAUAUCUGACUGUUCAUAUUUUCCAAAAGAAAUAGGCUGCCCAGGAAGCAAUGGUGUCUCAAGUUUGGUGAAAUUGGAAGGUCAGUUUGUUUCAGGAAGCUCAAGUUCUGCUAUACUUAGUAAAAAUCAAAUGAAUUCCGAAGCAGAUGGUGGGAACCUAGAAAACAGCAAUCCUUCUUCUUCUUCCAGCAUGACGGACUCUUCUAGUGAUAGUGCAUUACAUCACUCCAGCUUUAGAAAGAGUGGGAUAUCAAUCUCCAAAACUUUGCCAUUUGUUACAGUGAAGGCUACUUACAAGGAAGACACUGUCAGAUUCAAGUACUUUCCAUCUAUUGGUAGCCACUACUUGUUUGAGGAAGUCGGAAGGAGAUUCAAAUUGCCGGGAGGGACUUUCCAGCUAAAAUACUUGGAUGAUGAGAAAGAGUGGGUUUUGUUGGAGAAUGAUGCUGAUUUUCAGGAAUGCAUUGAUAUACUGGAGAAUAUCGGAUCACAAAGUAUAAAACUGCAAGUUCGAGAUGUGCCUUAUAACGUUGGUAGCUCCGGCAGUAGCAACUGUCUAAAAUUGUGAAUUUGAGGAAAAAAAACAGUAUGAAGUCUGGCUUUGUUGAUCCAGCAAUGUGCGGUCAGUCUUAGGUACUUUGUUAGGGGGAACAAAGGUGUUCCUUGUAUUAGCACUCACUCCUUGUAGAAUAGUUAAGCAGUAUAGAACUCCUGUUAGUUAGCAAAGUUCUUUAUGAGUCUCUUGUAUAUAUUUUGUAGUCACCUUUUUUUUUUAAAUUUCCGUGUAUCAUUCUAAGUGGUUUACUUCUUAUUUGCCAGUGAAAUUUGGUAAAGCCAAUCACUGACUUUUUUCAA